UAUGGCUCAAUCUUUAUUAUUCACAGUGAAGAGACGUGCCUUUGAAUUGGUUACUCCAUCCAAACCCACACCUCGUGAAAUAAAAUUACUCUCAGACCUUGAUGAUCAUGAUACCUUACGUUUUCAUAUAGCUGGGAUACAAUUUUACAAGUAUGAUCCAAAUAUGGAAGGGAAAGACCCUGUUGAUGUUAUUAGAAAAGCACUUGCGAAAACGCUUGUGUUUUAUUAUCCAUUUGCAGGUAGGUUAAGAGAAGGUGUUGGUAGGAAACUUAUGGUUGAUUGUACCGGAGAAGGUGUUUUGUUCAUUGAAGCUGAUGCUGAUGUUACUCUUAAAGAUUUCGGUGAUAAUCUUCUUCCUCCAUUUCCUUGCUUGGAUGAGCUUCUUUAUGAUGUUCCUGGUUCUUCAGACUUGCUUAACACUCCAUUGCUGCUUAUUCAGGUUACACGCCUCAAGUGUGGUGGUUUCAUUUUAGCUCUUCGUAUGAACCAUACGAUGAGUGACGCAUAUGGUAUAGUUCAAUUCCUGAAUGCCUUAGCUGAAAUAUCUCGCGGGAUGAAUGAACCUUCAAUCUCACCAGUGUGGUGCCGAGAGCUUCUAAACGCAAGAGAUCCACCAAGAGUGACAUGUAUUCAUCCUGAAAUCGAACAGGAACCUGGUAACAACGAAGCCAUAAUCAUAUCCUUAUUAGACAACAUGGUCCAACGCACUUUCUUCUUUGGUCCGACCGAGGUAGCCAAAAUUCACUCUCUCCUUCCGACCAACAUGGUACACAAGUACACCAAAUUUGAAAUCAUCACCGCAUUUGUUUGGCGUUGUCGUACAAUAGCGUUACAUCCAGAUUCAGACGAAGAAGUUCGUAUGAUAAGCGUAGUCAAUGCACGUAGCACAUCGUUUAACCUACAACUACCCAAUGGUUACUAUGGUAAUGUUAUUGUGUAUGCUGUUGCAGUGACAUCAGCAAGAAAACUAAUUGAAAAUCCAUUGGAGUAUGCAUUGGAUUUAAUCCAGAAAUCAAAAGCUAAUGUCACCAAAGAGUAUAUCCAUUCUUUAGCCGACUUAAUGGUUAUCAAAGGUCGACCUAGUUUUUCCUUAAAGGGAUUGUUUGCAGUAUCCAAUGUUACACAUGCUGGAAUUAAAGAUGUUGAUUUUGGUUGGGGAAAAGCUGUUUAUGGUGGACCGGCCAACGAUAGUUCAUUUCCUGGCAUUGUUAGUUACUACUUACCAUUUAAAAAUUGUAAAGGAGAGAAAGGUUUGGUUUUACCGCUUCGUUUGCCAGCUCAUGCCAUGGAGAGGUUUGUUCAAGAGUUAGAUAGGGUUCUUAAGAAUAACAUUAACAAUCCUAUUAAGGGUGAUCCAACAUCUCCUAUCAUUCAAUCGUUGUUGUAGUCUUUGACUAAUAUUGUUGGUUUUCUGUAUGAUUGGUUGCUGUGAUGUCUUUUCCUUCCGCUUGUUUUUGCUGUUGUUGGCUGAUUGUCAAAGUUCUUUCUCUUUGUUUUUUGUUUUGUUCUCUAUGUUUUACCGGUCUGACACUUUUGUGUCUGUUGAAUAGGGUGUUUUGCCUUUUGCUAUUAAUAUAUUA